AUGAGAAAGCAGAGAACAUCAACCACGAAACUCACCAAGGAGAAGCAGAUCAACAAGACACUCAAGCAGUGGGAACUAAAGCUGGGAGACUCAAAGGAUUUCCCGAGCCUUAAGGAGUUCGUGGCGUUCAUCGAGGCCUGCGGCAGAGGGAUCAACGCAGGUGCCAAGCUGCUAUCAUCAAAGGAAAUCAACGCAGCCACGAAGAAGUCAGCUCCAAUAAAGAAAAGGAGCACCUAUACAGCAGCAACUCACCAGCAGGAACUUAAGGAGCCAGAAAGACAACUCCCUAGGAACUGCUUGCCACACACGAAGGCCAAGUGCACGUCGGACAAGAAGUGCCACAAAUGUAGCAGAUAUCACCACACUCUCAUCCAUGGAGGGAGUUCAUGGACGAUGAGCCCGCCUCCAGCCGGACGCACUCCAGCUNGCGAGCAAGUCACACAAGAAGAGGAACUGCCAAGAAAAAAUGAGACAGUUACAACGAAGCCAAUCACCACUCCUGAGGAAACCAAGAGUCCAAGUGGAGCGUCAAGAUCAAAGGAGCCCGCUCAACGAAAAUCAACGCCUGCAACUUCAAGAACAGCACUCACCAUGCAACAGGAAGGUCAAUUAAGACUAUUANACCCGUCUAGACUGCCGGAACAUCCAGGCAGCAAGAGGAUCAAGGGAACAGUGAAAUCCAGUACAUCACCACCAGUAGCAGUGAACUUCAACAACAAAAUGAUCAAUGAGAAAGCAGAGAACAUCAACCACGAAACUCACCAAGGAGAAGCAGAUCAACAGUCAGUGCUGUUGGCAACAGCACGAGUAAAAGUAAUAUCACCGAGAGGAUUCACGACAAAAGCCAGAGCACUCAUCGACCAGGGUUCAGAGGUAUCGUUUAUCUCCGAACAAUUAGUUAAUCAACUGCAUUUACAGAGAAGAGCAUCAACAGUGGAGCUAGUGGGAAUUGGUGGAAUUAAUUCAGGAUACACCAGAGGAAUAUUUUCAGUCACUCUACAAUCGAACAGUGGAACUCAUCAACUGCAACUCAAUGCCCACAUUCUAAAGAAGCUCACCGCAAUAAUUCCGUCAUUUUCAUGCUCAUCAGCGAGGAUCGGCUCACUUCAGAAUCUUCAGCUAGCCGAUCCCCAUUAUCUAAGGCCUGGACCAAUUGACAUCAUACUAGGGGCUGACAACUAUGGGCGGAUCAUCAUGGAUGAAGUUGUCAAGUCAGACCAAUCGAGAGUAGUUGGCCAACGCACAGUAUUCGGUUGGAUACUAUCCGGUCCAAUCGAAUGCACAAAUUGUUCAAUAAAGGUAUCUCUAUCAGCUGUACGAGAAUCUUCGAAUGAACAACUUCUAGAGCUUUUCCAGAAAUUUUGGGUCCAGGAAGAACUGCCAAACGAGAGAUCAUCAACAUCAGAGCUUUCACCAGAUGAGUACGAGUGCGAAAUGAACUUUAGAGCAACUCAUAGCAGAGACAACACCGGGCGAUACAUCGUGAGACUGCCCCUCAAAACUUCAGCAGCAGCGCUCGGAGAAUCGAAAUUCAAAGCAGCACGUCAACUCAAAUCGAUCGUGAGUCGACUCAACACAGAUCAAGCAUACUCCCAGUUGUACAGAGAGUUCAUCAACGAGUACGCAGCACUAGGGCACAUGAGAAUAGCACCAGAGACUCCAGAACCCGUGCCAGCUUACUAUCUACAACAUCACGGGGUACUGAGAGAGGAAGCCAUCACAACGAAGCUGAGAGUCGUAUUCAAUGGCUCCAGCCCCAGUUCAUCAGGUAUGUCAAUUAACGAUAUACUGUAUUCUGGUGAAAAAUUACAGAACGAUGCAAUGGUUAUCCUGACUUGGAUGAGAAGGCACAGGCUCGUGUUUGGCACGGAUAUUGUAAAGAUGUUCCGCCAAAUACGAGUUCACCAAGAUGACUGGGAUCUUCAGAGAAUACUGUGGAUCGACGAGAAUCAACAACCAGUCACCUACCAGUUAACGACAGUCACCUAUGGACUAAAUUGUUCUCCAUGGUUGUCAUUAGGUGUUCUUCAACAACUAGCAGAAGAUGAAGGGCACCCCUUCCCAGCAGCAGUAGAGACACUCACCAAAGGUCGUUACGUUGACGACAUUUACGGCGGUGCAGAGACAGAAGAUCGUCUCAAGGAGAUCGCGACGCAACUACAAGGGCUUUGCCAUGCAGGAGGCUUCUCUUUACAGAAGUGGAGCAGCAAUUGUCCAGAGGCUCUGCAUGAGUUAGGCAGAUCAACUGAAGAAGAAAUUAUCCAGUUCGAGGAGUCAGUCACCAAGGUACUUGGAUUGUGUUGGCAUCAAUCCACCGACACAUUCCGGUACAAAUCAAAGGAUUUUAAUACGACGACAAUCACCAAGAGAGUAGUCUCUUCAGAAAUAGCCCAGAUUUUUGAUCCACUGGGAGUUAUCGCACCAGUUGUCGUCCAGGGAAAGAUUGUCCUACAAGAUCUUUGGAGAUUGAAACUAAAAUGGGAUGAUCCUCUUCCAGAUGAGUAUGUUCAACGCUGGAAGACAUUCCGAGAGAAUCUCAACGACCUAGACAGAGUAACUGUACCUAGAUGGCUGAGAAUUUCAACAGAGACACUCAACAUCCAAAUUCAUGGAUUUGCAGACGCUUCAACGGUAGCCAUGAGUGCAGUGGUGUAUAUUCGCACCAAAACCAUCAACGACUCGACAUCAACAGUACUGGUAUGCGCGAAGACUAAGGUAGCACCACUCAAGCGCAUGACCAUCCCUCGACUAGAGCUCACAGCAGCUCUUCUACUGACUCAGCUAGUGGCAUCAACGAAGAAAAUGCUCCAACUCGACCAGGUAGACGCCUAUCUCUGGUCUGAUUCUUCAGUAGCACUAGCUUGGAUCAGGAGUCACGCAUCAAGAUGGAAGAACUUCGUCCACAACAGGGUCGUCAAGAUCCAGGAAACUCUCCCGAAUGCUACCUGGAGACGUGUCAGUGGAAAGGAGAAUCCAGCUGAUUGUGCCUCCAGAGGCAUAUCACCGAGCCAGCUAGAAGAUCAUCAACUGUGGUGGUCAGGACCUGAGUGGAUCAAUCAGGAUCCUGAAGAAUGGCCACAAUCAUCGAUCGACGCCCCAGGCAUGAACAUCCCAGAAGUGGCCAGAGAAGCAAAACCAGCACCAGCACAUCCAGUUGCAAUUAAAAUCAACGAAAUUGCAGAGCUACUCAACAGAUAUCAGACGAUGGCUAAAUUGCUAGCCGUAACAGCUACGGUCAACAGAGCUAUCGACAGAUUCAGGAGAUUCAGGAGGCAGCCAAUGCCCCCGGAACCUGUCUUGACAACAAGAGAACUCAACGAUGCGAGGUUAUUUUGGGUAAAGAUAACCCAACAUCAAUACUUUGAGCCAGCCAUUCGAGUACUCCAGAGAAAUCACCACCUAUCGAGAAAUUAUCAACUAGCCAAGCUGACACCCACACUAGACAACGAAAGGAUCAUGAGACUUGGGGGACGCCUCAAGAACUCGCAGUUAAAUCCAGACGAAAUUCACCCAUAA